AUGUCGCAAGCAACUGCGUCAAUCACCGGGCCGUACGUCAUCGGCAUUGGCGGCGCGACGUGCACCGGCAAGACGACGAUUGCCGAGAAGGUCUCCAAACAGCUGAUGAAACACGGUGCAAACGUUCAGGUGUUCAACCAGGAUGAGUACUACCAACAGGAUUUGGACAGCCUGUUCAUUCCGUCAUUGAACUACUGGAAUUUUGACAGUCCUCAGGCUGUGGACUUCGAACGACUGGUGCGCGACGGAAACCUGAUCUUCGAAUCGGAAGCCCUGGACGCACUGUUCGACGACCGAUACUUCAUCAAGACCACGUACCUGUUUUGCAAGUGCAUCCGCGAGGACCGCACGUAUAUCCCGAGCGACGUCGCCGGCUACUUCGACAGCUUCGUGUGGCCGGCAUACGCACGAAUGGCCGACGAGGCUGAGUGCCGCCCUCAGGAUUUCGUGUUCUUGCGCAGCUUCGACAUUCGCAUGAACGUCGAGACGAUAUUCUCCCGGACGCUGAGGUACGUCACUGACUGUUGGAUUGAACUGACGUGUGAUCAGCUGUCGAUCGACCGGGCGACCAGCUUUGUACUGAUGCCCGAAUGCGGAGCCAUCUCCUGUUUCGUCGGUGAGCGUUUUCACCUGUGUAUUUCUUGUCAGGUAUCACACGUUUGAUC